UCGAAUCCACGCUGUUUGGUCUUGGUUCACGUAUAAAAACUAUAGUUUGCCCCAAAAACGGCUAUUUAGUGUUCACACUUCGAUCCUCGAACAAUCGCUGCAGAGGCUCUUUGUAUCUAAAAUCGCAUUUUCACUUGAUCCUUGCGUGAAGUGGAUAAAUAGGAACCAGCUUUUUUGCGAAGCAAAUCAAUCUCGAUUGAAGUUAGUGUCGGAGUUUUUGAGUAUUUUACCGCGUGAACCAAAUCAAAUCAAAAUCUCCAAAAUGCCAGGUGGUCGUCCAGUAUGGCAGGUUGCCGGAAAGCGCAUCCCAGAAGAGGAAGCUCAAGCUCAACAAUGGAUCGAGACUGUCAUUGGUGAACGCUUCCCACCCGGUGUUCGUUAUGAGGAUGCUCUCCGCAAUGGCAUCAUUUUGUGUAAAUUGAUGAACAAGUUGGCGCCUGGAAGCAUCCAGAAAAUCAAUGUUUCUGGUGGAGAUUAUAAAAUGAUGGAUAAUAUCAGCCAGUUCCAACGGGCUUGCACUAGAUACGGUGUACCUGAUGUCGAUUUAUUCCAGUCGACUGACUUGUGGGACUACAAGAACAUUGCUCUUGUCACGCAAACUAUCUUCGCUCUUGGACGUUGUACUUAUAAACAUCCUGAAUACCGUGGACCACAUCUAGGACCACGACCAGCUGAAGAAAAUCGCCGCGACUUCUCAGAGGAUCAACUGCGUGCCAGUGAGGGUAUUAUUGGUCUUCAGGCCGGAACCAAUAGAGGUGCAACCCAAUCAGGUCAAAGCUUCGGUGCCACCCGCAAAAUUUUACUUGGCAAGUAAAUGACACGAAGAAAAUAGUGCCCGAAAUAUUUUUACCUCUGCAAUAAUUUUAUCUAUGUUUCUAAUGAUAACAAGCGUUUUCCCCAAGGAACUGUAAUUUCAUUCUGGUAUUUUAUCAAAAAUGUGUGCAAAUCCAUCUAUAUCAAUAAAGUUUAUAAUAACAACGUA